UAUUAUUUUUGAACUUGCUAGGGAAUAACAGAAAAUGACAAGCUGUUUCGAAAAGUUCUACAAUGUGGUUGAAGAGAAAAUGGGAUCUGUGUUUACAAAGUAUGGGAAAUUCGUUUCACGGCAUCCAUGGAAAGUUAUCCUAGUGACUGUUCUAGUGAAUGGCCUUCUUGGAUUGGGAAUGAUCCGACUAAAUGUUGUUGUAGAUGUUGAACGUGUCUACACACCAAUCGGAAGUCAAGCGAGUAAAGACAGCACCAAAGUAAAAAAUCUAUUUCCUGAUUUGAGUGGUUCGAACUUUAUAGGUUAUCAAAUGCCUGAUAUGGGCAAAUAUGCUGAAAUAAUAGUUAUACCGAACGGAGGAAAUAUCCUGAAUGAACGAUUUCUAAAAGCAUUGCGAGUUUUCCAUACAUUUUUACUUUCUAUUGAAACAAAUGAUAUCAAUGGAAAGACUGUUAAACUAAGUGACAUUUGUGCUAUAAGUUUUGGAAAAUGUGUAAUUGACGGAGAUCUUUUUGUUGACAAUCAAUUCAUUAAUAUUCUAAAUACAAGUAAUGCAAUUUCUUUUCCGUAUUUUAAUCACACUGUAAGAGGGCCCAUUUACUACGAGCAGAAUGUUGGUGGUGCAAUUGUCAACUCCUCCCAGCUUCAAUUAGCCAGUAUGCUUUUAUUGAGAGUAAAUCUCAGAACUGAUUCGUCGUACUUUACUGAAACAGCUAAAAAAUGGCAAAAGAAUUUUGUUUCAAAGAUGAAAGUCUAUUCUUCAAGUGACUUUAAUAUCGCCUUUGCCCAUUCCGAGUCUUUGAGUGAAGAACUUAAUGAAAACGUUAUGGGUGAUAUCACAGUAUUUUCAAUAACAUUUACUUUAAUGAUAACCUAUGCCUGUGUAGCAACACUAACAGCUCGUUGUGAUGUUGUCGGCCAAAGGUCAAACUUGGGUUUCGCAGGAGUAGUAGCCGCUGGCUUAGCUAUCGUAGCAGCAUUUGGAUUAUGCAGUGCAUGUGGAGUCGAAUUUGUCAGUAUUGUUGGGGUUAUUCCAUUUUUAAUUAUAGGUAUAGGAGUAGACGAUAUGUUCAUGUUGAUUUCCGGAAUCACAAACACGGACUAUUCAUCAUCUACCGAAGAUCGUAUUGGUGAAACUAUGAAAACGAGUGGUAUAUCAAUCACAAUUACUUCUCUGACAGACCUGUUGGCAUUUGCAGCUGGGGCGUCUUCUGUAUUUUUAAGCGUGCGGAACUUUUGUAUUUAUGCCGGUGUUGCUGUUAUUUUCUGCUAUAUAAAUCAAGCGACCAUCUUUAUUGCUAGUAUAGUCAUCAACGAAAACAGAACAAACAACAACCGGCACUUUUUGACAUGCAUGAGAGUAAACAGUCCUGAUAAAGACAGCACAAAAGAAACUUCUUGCAAAAUCGUUUGUUGUACAGGCAGAAAACCAAACAAUUCGAAAGAAUCUGAGAGCUUUUUAGAUAAAUUUCCCGGCUGGAUUUUACCAAAAAUAAUAUCGAUCCCAGUUAAAAUUACAAUUCUUAUUUUGUUUGCUAUCUAUUUAUCAGUAUCUAUUUGGGGUAUAACUCUCAUGAAGGAGGGGCUAGAAAUGCGAAAUCUUGUAUCACAAACGUCAUACUAUUAUGAAUAUAGAAAACUACUAGAUGAAAAUUUCCACUAG